AUUAUGGAAAAAGUUCAUAAACUACGACGAUAUGACAGUAAACGAAACUAGCCGGUCUCGAAAGAAAGUGAAAAAAGUGCUUUCAAAAGACGAUCUAAAUGAAGUUCGCACCUCCCUAGUCAGUUUUGGUUUUGUACCUUCCCACAACCCUUUGCUGGGGCAUUUUUCAAAAUGGCGGACGGCAUAGAGGUUCCUGUCCAAGUUAAAAUUCACGUUCAAGAAAUCGUCAAGGUUGAGUUUGAGAUACAAAAUAAUGUUCAAAGUAUACGACAAUGCCAGGGGCCAUUAAGUCUAUUGAACGACUUGAAUUUGAAAGUAAAACAAAAGAUCAAUUCUUUGAGGCAGAAAGUUGAGGUCCUGGAGCAAGUGGCAUUUGAGCAAGACAAAGAAUCAGACAGAUUAGCAAUAUUAGCAGCCAUGCAGCAUCAUAGAAAAGAACUUCAAAGCCUGCAAGCAUCCAUUAGGAAAGCCAAUGUAGCCUCCAUGGCAAUAAUUGACAAAAGCGAAAAAGAAGAAUUGUUUGGAGGACAAGCUUCCAGUGUAAGAAACAGAACCUUUAACAAAGAAAAUUUAGCAAAGACUGCUAGUAACAUAACUCAAGAUUUGAUGAGUAUUGCUAGGAUGAUGGAUGGUCAAGUCAAACAGAGUGAAGCUGAUAUGCAGAUACUAGCACAAUCUUCUUCUCAAGUUAAGGACACACAAGAAGAAUACAAAGGUUUAUCAGGAGUAAUUCAGACAAGCAAGAAUCUUCUGAAUAAGUAUAACAGAAGAGAGGUGACAGACAGAUUAUUGAUUUUCUUUGGACUUGUGCUGUUCUUCUCUACAGUUCUGUACAUUUUAAAAAAGAGGCUCCCAAUUUUUGGGGGCUAAAUCUUAUAUUUUGUUCAUUUAACUGUGCAUAAACAAAAAUUAAAUUAUAUUAUUGAUAAUUCAUUGAGAAUAUUUGAUAUCAGAAUUGCAUUUUUUAGAAUACAGUUUACAGACUUAGAGGUAAAAGUCUAACUUCUAGGCAGUCAGUAUUUAUCCUCUGCAUAUUUUAAAAUGCUACUUGCGGGCUUACAAUAGUUAAUGGAAAUUUCUUUCUUUUCAAUCUUCAAUAAUACAAUUUAAAAAAUUUUCUGAAAAAUAUUGCCAUGAGCUCAAGUGCUAUACAUUCUUUGAGCAACUGCUGCGAUGAGGGCAGCUCCUCUGCCUGAACCAUCCUUAGAUAACAUCAGGGUUAUGUUAGCUUGGGGUAAAAUUUCUCUGAGAGUCUCUUGCAUAUAGCGUUUGAAUUGUGGGUGAUUUUUGAAGAGGCUUCCAUCAACGGCAAUUGUAGUUGUGUACUUCCCUGUUUUCUGAUUACAAAAAUAAUGAAUUCAAAUCAUUCUGUUAAAAUGUAAGAAUGUCAUAACAAAAACAGAAAUCAAAAUGAGUAUCAGGAUGAACAGAAACCCUCAUGCCUAAAGUGCUGUUUCUGUUAGAAUCUCACUUCUAAUUGGUUUUGCCUUCUCAACAAACUGACAUUUCAAAACUAUCUCCAGUGCUUAUGGUCUUUUGAGUUUCACAUUAAUUACUCAGGAGGAAUGAAAUUAUAGUAGCUGAUUAAAGAGGGAGCCAA